UUUGCUGUAAAAAUGUUGUAUGAGUAUGACAUGUAAAUUGUGUAUUUUGGUCCUGCCGGGUAAUCAAAGAGGCAUUGAAAUUGAAAAUAAAAAUACUUCAUUUGCAAAAUAAGAAGAAUAUCUUCUUAAAAAUGGCUCUCCAUCUCACCAGGGCACUCUGCGGACGAAGUGCUGCACUGAAACUUGGUGCUGGACAAUUUGGCAGCCCUCUUCUUGCCUCCCGGACAAUUGUAAUGAAGCCAAUGGUCCCUAGAGUCGAUGAUGCUGCCAGUCACGAUGAGAGGAAUAGCAAAUUGGGGCGUCCUCUUUCUCCACAUUUGACUAUUUACAAGUAUGAGAUUACCAUGGUUUUCUCUAUUACGCACAGAAUUACCGGAAUGGCCCUGGGAGCGUACAUGGCAGCCUUUGGCGUUGGGGCUCUGGUGUGUCCACACGAUUUCUCUUAUUACGUUGAUGUUGUGGAGUCCUGGAAACUCAGUGCGCCAACGCUCAUGGCAGCUAAGUUUAUCCUGGCGUAUCCUUUUACUUACCACCUGGCCAAUGGGAUGCGGCACCUGCUUUGGGAUACAGGCAAGUGCCUGAAAAUUAAGGAAGUAUGGAGCACAGGAUAUACCAUGUUGGCUGUCUCUGUGGGGCUCGCGGCAAUCCUAGCUGCGAUGUAAAUCCCUUUGUUGAUUGCUUUGUACAGGAUUAAAGAGAAGUUUGCUGCAUCUGUCUUUUCUUUUUGUGUAGUACGUUCGAAUAAAGAAUCCCCGGAUCCUUGGAA